AUGGAGGUCAAAUUCAACUGGGAUGCGCUCCCGUCCACAAAGCUUGAGGCGUCCCGAUUGCUGACUCCCUUGGGUUGUCUAAUUCGAAAGAACUCGGCGAAGGUUCCCACUUUGACCUCAUUUCCAACCAAGUGCUCAAACUGUGGAGCCUUCACUAGCAUCUAUACGAAAUAUUACACAACGUCUGAUACAAUUUUUUGCCCCUUUUGCCAGUCGAACUCGAAAUUGGAGACAGGCACUUAUCCACAAGAAAUUGACUUCCAAAGUAUUGGUGAGUCAGAUGACACUUUCGACUACGUCUUGCCUACUGACAUAGCUCAGCCAAUUGUUUCUCGUGGCCCUGUUGUUCUUUUCGUCGUUGACACUUAUCAGCAUGUCGAGUGUCCAAAGGAGAUGGCAGCAUUGAAGAAAAGGUUGAUAGAAUGCAUCCUGGAAAUCCCGCCAGAAACACCUGUUGGACUAAUCACUUUUAAUCGAGAUGUCACUCUUCACCUGAAGAUUUCGGACAUUGAUAUUUCGGUUGACGACUUCCCCCUGACAAGCGAUCUUAAUGACAUUCUCGGUAACAAACCUAUGCUAGCGCACAUUCUUCUAAAAAUUGCCAACAACUCGAAAAAUAAUAUUUGGAAGGGGCAAAACCUCUUGCAGUCUGGUUAUUUCUUUAGCCCCUCAGAAUUGAUCCAAAGGGUUAAUGAAUUAUCUUCGAUGCCAACGCGAAGCUUUAAGUCUGAGCGUGCCUCUGGAUUAGCUUUACUAGUUGCAUCGUUGUUGCUUCUGUCAGCUUCUUCUUCAUCACUUCUAGGAAAAGUUAUGUUCUUUUCUUCAGGACCAUGUACGAUCGGGCCUGGCUUGGUCGUAAAAUCAGCCGAGAACAUUAGAACUCACGAUGAUAUUGCUAACAUGAAAGCCAGACACUUCGCAGAUUCUUCCAAAUUCUACAGGGCACUCUCAUACGUUGCAUGCGGCUACACUUUGAGCCAAGCUAAUGACGCCGCCUUUUCCUUAAAUGUAUCACUUACAGACUUUGCUGUGAAGCCGUCUGCUCCAAAGUUUUCAAUAAACUUAUUCUUUGGCGCCCUAGAUCAAGUGGGUCUAUACGAAAUGAGCCCUAUGUCAUCAGGAACUGGUGGUUCAAUCAUUUUUAGCGACUCUUUUGAAAGCCAUUCAUUUGGGAGCAAACUAAUGGCAAUCACACCUACAUUAUCAGAUCAGGAUAAUUGCAUAACGGUGAUGACAUCUACUGGAUUAAAAGUUUCCUACUCACUCAACUAUGGUACUCCCUAUCAAUCGUCAUAUCAAUACGGAAAUGCAUCGAAUUUUCACCAUCAAAGAAUUUCUGAUACCAUCACAGGUUUUGAAUCUCUGUUGCGCAAGCGCUACUUCACAAAUAGAUGGUAUCUAGGUGACCUUAGAGAUUCAGUCAGCUGUGUGCUAUUUGAGGUGGAUCCUCUUGCAUUGAACGGAAAGGACGUAUACAUUCAAUUUCAACUAGAAUGGUGGAGUCAUGAGUUACAGAAAAGAGUCAUUCGUUCUUCUACUCUUAGAAAACAAACUACUUUGAGUACCUUUCUUGGGAAAGUUGGUGAAUUCAGUAAAAUAACCAAAAAGGUCAGUGAGUCCGCAAGGCAUAAAGCGUUGCUUUCCAGCUUCAAUCCUGACACGUGGAUCACGAUAUUAACGAGACUCCUCAUCAAUAAGAUUGAUACAACGCUUGGCUUUGAGUCCUUUGAGGAGGUGAUUGAUAUAAUGGACAGCACUCUCAUCAGGAUCACGAACCUUUUUGGCAACAUACAAAAGGAAGCAUCUGUUUCGGAAAACCCAUUUGAGAAAUUGAAAACUCUCUAUCUGAUUGAUGAACAUUUCAAAAGCUUGCCUAUUUAUGGGUACUAUCUAAGAAGAAAUCCUCAGCUUGUCUCAAUUUUCAACAGCUCGCCUGAUGAAACAGCGUAUUUUCACCAUAUUUUUAUGGGUUUCGGGGUUGAAGAAUCCUGUAUUUUUAUUCAACCGAAGUUGUAUGAAGUUUGCGGAAGGGCCUUAUCUCCAAGACCUCUUUUGACUACUUCAAUUCAAAGUAAGGAUGAUGGUAUAUUCUACGUUUUGGAUACCUAUCACACCAUCAUCAUAUAUUUGCAUUGCAACAAGAACAAGCUACGGCUUCACAGCUCAGACAACGACGACAUCAUUUAUGGACGGAAAUUAGAAAAAAUCAAUCGCAUACUUGACAUUGUGGAGUCUGAGCUCACCACGUCGCGUACUUUUGUACCCAAGCUUGUCUUGACCCAGACCGGUCAUUCUCAGGCAAGUGGAUGGAAAGAAGACAAAGAGGAGAUGGUGGCAACGAGAGAAACUCCAGAAGCAAAUAACGAAAGAGGAUAUCAGCUCGGAGAAGUAUCUUGA